CAAUAUAAUACAGAACAUGGCAGGAGAUCAUAACUCAUUAAUUAAAAAUGCUGCAAUUGAAAGAUGGGGUAUAAUGCGUAAUAAUUUACAUCAAACUUUUCGUUUUACAAGGGCAACUAUUGUUACAGGAUUUAUUUGUUCCGUUGCGAUCCCACUUGGCAUAUAUACUUUUUGUUAUGUUGAAGAUUAUAAAUGGGAUAUAACUGCCAUCCGUAGAGGCCAGACAAGAGGAGAUAUGAAAAUAAAACACUAAAAGCAUGUUAUGUAUAUAUAUACAAAGCUUAAUAAAAAAAUCAUUUUUUCGUGAAUUUUGAAUUGCAAUUUUUGAAUUUUUGCAUACACAAUGCGUUUGAAAAAUAUUAUAGAUUAUAUAUAUCUAUCAACUAUUUGCCAUAUCUCAUAAUUAUUACCUAAUUUAUU